AUGCAAGACGAGUGUUCGGAGGAAACGAGGAGUAACUUCGAGCGGCGGCGGCCUACGAAGGUGUUAAAGAUAGCUGAGAGUUUUACCAACUUGGAUGAAAUUGCUAAAGCAGGUCGGUUCGUAAGGGGGCCGUAUUCGAAGAUCGGGAGACGGUUUCAGGAGAAUGGGGCUCGCAGCAAACGUGGAUGUUGUGAUGAUGAUUGUGCGGAGUCAAGUGGUAGUGAUGGUGAAAGACUUGGUGAUCGAAGAGUGACGGGCUCGUCUUGCACGGCCCUGCGGACUGCUGUUGCUGCGCUUUACCCAUUUGACGACUUCAUAUUGGAGAAAAUUGGAGCAGGAUUCUUCUCUGAAGUUUUCAAAGUAAGUAUAUAA